AUGCUUGAAUCUCCCCGGGGUUUGGAAUCAUUCCUAACAGAUGCCAUUAGACAGGGGCUGUUGCAACGUGCGUCAGAACAGGUAGAAAGGAGGCUUAAAAGGGUGCAAGAUGAAAUAGCUAAGCAGGUUUCUGAAAAUGUGAACCUUGUAAUUCGCUCCCUCAUCACCAACAACAAAUUACAACUAUUACUAUGUUCCACGUUGGAUGGCUUGGAUAAGCUUAAAAAUUACAAGUACAAGGCAUUGUUGGAUUGUUACGACAAAUUUAACCGUGAAACAGAAUCACUUGAGAGUGAUCUUAACGCCCUGAAUGAGAUGCAACUGCUCAAGAUGUACAUAAGCAAGUUACUUGAAAUUCAGAGCAGAAUAUAUGAUUUCAAAAUCAACUAUGAAUCUAACGAUGCGUGUUUGCAUGCGUCAAAUAAAUUUGUUUUGAAAGAGAACGACACACCAUUGGCACCCAGCAAUAGAUUGACGUAUCUAAAAGAAUACUAUUUAUUGUCAGAACAGAUUCAAAUGAUAUCUAGGCAAUUGUACUUGUCUGAAAAAACAAAAUCAGAUUCACCUUCCGCGUGGCUGUUGCGACACUGUACCCUUUUACUGAAACAGAUUCACAUUUUUGCACAGGCGGAGCUUUACUUUACAUUAUCACGUGGAGUUAAAUACACGUUACAGCCGGAGUUAAUAAAAGCAGGGUUUUUAUUACUUGAAAAAUCUGGCAUUAUUAAGGAGACCUUUUCCAACAUAGUUGCAAUAAAAGCCGCCGAAACUUGUGAUGUCAUCAACACCAAGCAUAUUUUGAAUUCUCAGAAUCCUACUACUGUGUUUAUGGAACAGUUUCUUAUGUUUUUAGAUUUGUAUUGCUGUUCUAUUCGAGGAUUUCACAUAUUAGAUCAACCUAGCUGUACAACAGAGUUCAUUGAUAAGGUGACACUAUCGCUACAAACAACUUUCUCAAUUUUAUACAAAAGGCAAAAUUUUCGCCAAGGCAUGAUUGAAACAAUACCAAACCUUGCCAGAAUGAUGCAAUCAUAUCACGAGAAUAUGAAUGAUAGUCUGAAGCAGCAUCUGUAUUUGGUAUUUGAACACCCAAUAAAGGAUUAUCUGCGCCAUGUGUUAAGUACCAUUAUGCCAUUGGUGAACGGUUUUUUUUCGGGUACCAAAUCAACCUCUGUGUUGAAAGCUAUUGAAUGCUUACCGACUGAUCACGAUUUGAAUUACCUUGCGAACUUAUGCCUAAAGCAUUUGAAUGAGUCGCAGAAUUGCGGACAGAUUGAGGCACAAGUGAAUAAGAUAAUCCAAACAGCAAUACAAACCUUUGCUAAUUCUGUGUCGUCGUUAUCACAAAUAUCAGCUGAUAACAUACAAUUUGAGUUUCAUUGCAAGGGCGGCUUUGGAUUUGCAGAACCUACGCCCUCCCAUGUGCUGGGUGCGAAGUUAUUUUGCAUAACCUCAGCGCUAGAGCUGCAGCUAGAUAACUAUAGAGAAACGCUUUCUACUGGUUAUGAUGUUGUAAAGAAGUGGGUAGUCAAUUUAUCUCAAGAGUUGAAGUGUAUGGUCAGCCACGAUCUCGUUGUUGGAUUAGAGGCAUCAGAGGAGUUAUCAAGAAACAUAUGCUCACUAUUUAACGGACUGAAACUUUACUUCAACAGCUCGUUGUUUGAAAAAAAGGCCUGGGAAAAAACAUGCAGGUUUCUAUCUCCCCUUGUAUACCACGCGGUAUUCCUCUACGUAUCACUAUCUAGCUGCUAUGAAAUUAGCGAUGAUGAUAAAUUGGAACUUGUACAACAGACGACCCGGAUUGAAAUGGCUAUAACAGACCUAUUGGCCUCGCCUUCGCCCAAGAAGGUGGCUGAACUGCUGUUGGGAUUCAAACGAUUUUUAUUUUCAGAGGCUGGAGAACAGAUAGAUUUGCCCCCGUUAAUAAUUAAGGUGAUACGUGACAAGUGUAUUGACUCUUACGAACAGCUAUUUGAAAACAGUUACGACGACGCCAUUGCAAAGGCCCACUGGGUGUGA